CUUAGAUUCCACCAGCUUGCCAUAGAAAGCAGCCCAUGCAAGCUGACACCGACAUGUACCGCCAUCAGAUCCACAGGACAUGGCUCGCGCUGCGCCAUCGCCCACAGCUGCGGAACUGGGUCUACGGCUCCGUCUUGCUGUCCUCGCUAUACCUUCUCUAUCAGUUCAUUACCCCCGCUGGCGUGCGACAGUCAUCCGUUGUUGAAGUCCAUGUCGAACCCGAGAUCCUGCCGCAGUCCGUCUGGGACAACCGCGCCGAACGGGUGAAGAAGGCGUUCCGUCAUGCAUACCAUGGCUGGGAGCAGUACGCCGCCCCGCACGACGAGUUGAAACCGAUCUCGAAUACCUACAUAGACAACUUCAAUGGCUGGGGCGUCACCGUGUUCGAUGGCCUCGACACCAUGAUCCUCAUGGGUCUCGAUCACGAGUACAAGCGCGCGCUCAAGCAUGUAGAGGACAUCGAAUUCAACAUGGAAGAGGGCCGCUUCGCACCGUACUUCGAGACCGUCAUUCGCUACCUGGGCGGCAUGCUCUCCGCGUACGCCAUCUCACCCAAUAAGGAACCAAUAUUGCUGCGGAAGGCCGAUGAGCUGGCGCGCAAGCUGGAUCCGGUCUUCAACACGCUGAGCGGCCUACCGUACUAUGGCGUGAAUCCCCAGACAGGUGCGACGCAAGGCCCUGACAUCGGUAUCCUCGCCGAGAUCGCCAGCUUGCAGCUCGAGUACACCUACCUCGCGAAGGCGACUGGUAAGAAGGAGUAUUUUGAUAGAGCGCAGAACGUCAUCAACAUCAUCAACCGCGCCAACUACGACGAGACGGGUGGUAUGAUGCCUAUAGGGUGGAAUACUACAGACGGGACGCCGCAUGAUCAAAGCGUAUCAGCGGGCGCCCAGGCAGACAGCGCGCACGAGUACCUAUUGAAGCAAUAUCUCUUGACCGCAAAGCGAGAUCAGGAGAGCUUGCAACUCUACAUCCGCACCGCCACGCACAUCAUUACCGAGCUCAUGUACAUCUCGCCCACCCGGCACCUCCUAUACGUGACCGACAAGAUGCCGUCGCGCACGAGCCACGACGCGCAGGUCUCCCACCGCUUCGAACACCUCUCGUGCUUCCUUCCCGGUCUUCUGGCGCUCGGCGUCGACCAACUCCCGCUGGAUGACGUCGAUUUCGCGGACGCGUUUGACAGAGACCACCCCACCCAACGCGCCGAAUGGGAAAAGCUGCGCGGCUUCUCCCUCCGCGACGUCCACCUCUGGGCCGCCGAGGGCCUCGCGCAGACCUGCUGGCUUACCUACGCAGACAUGCCCACCGGCCUCGGCCCCGACGAGAUGAUCUUCUACACCUCCAUGCCCGAGGAGGGCGCUGGAAUCGGCGGCGGGUGGUUCGCGCCCAAGACCGCUGGAGGAGGUGGCACCGAAAGUAACCGACCCAAGACGCAAACCUUCGGCGGCACGCUCUGGAUCGACGCGCUGCGGUCGUGGAAGAGGGCGGGCGCGCGGGGCGUGCCGCCGGGGGUGGGGGAUAAGGCGCCGGUGGUGUAUUCGCAGGAGGAUAGGGUGCGAGGCGCGUAUGGGAGGGACUACGCGCUGAAGAAGAAUGAGUAUUUGUUGAGGCCGGAGACACUCGAAUCCCUCUACCUCCUGUGGAAGAUCACGGGCGAGCCGCGGUGGCGCGAGCGCGCGUGGAAGAUCUUCGAGUCCAUCGAGAUCCACACGAAGACGACGUCGGGGUAUGCGAGCCUGCGCUCCGUGGAGUCGACCCCGGGGGUGAAGCAGGAUGAUAUGCCCAGCUACUUCUUCGCAGAGACGCUGAAGUACCUCUACCUGACUUUCAUUGGCGACACGCCGCUCCCGCUCGACAAGUGGGUGUUGAACACGGAGGCGCAUCCCUUCCCCGUGAUCGAGUGGACGCCGGAGGAGAGGGCGCGCUUCGGAGUGGGGUACUGAUGAGGCGAGAUCGGGGCGCGGCGAUGGGUGAUUGGGGAUGCGAUUGAGACGUAGAGAGAAGCGAUGAGGGGGAUGAUUAGGGACGCGGCACGAGAAAUUUGAGACGCAGCGAGGGAAGUUCGUCGAGUGUAGAAGGCAGCCGUCGAGCGUAGAAGCAGCCACCGUGCUGCGCAAGAAGCAGGCCUCUGCGCAGGACGAUAUAUCAUCUAUCUAUCAAUAUUAUUCGCUUAUUAUUGCCAUCGGA